AUGGAAAUGACCGUGCUAGAACUGUACGAAGGAUAUGAACAGCUUGACUCAAGUCAAUUUUCAUCGCAGCGAAAACUCUUGCCACUCGUCCUUCAGCAGACGUAUAUCUUUCCGCAAGGGCUGUCGGCCAUCGCCGUCACGGAGACCGAAAAGGCUAUCACGCCGCGGCAUCUGCUGCUCGCCAUGCCGUUUGGAGGCAUUCUCGAAAUGCCGAAGUCAUUCCUCGAUCCGCGACGAGUGCUUUUGCCAACGGUGGAACAACGGUGA